CGCAUGUUUAAUAAUUCCGCAUCAACUCUCAAAUGAUACCGCGUGGCACUUCCAGAAAAAAAGCGACCUGGGUCGGACCAAGGAGGGGCAUGCGGGUCAUAUUUCUCUCAAACCGAGACCCUUCCCCCUUUGACGAACCCCAUCUUUGUGCGGAAUCUGCGCACAUUCACAGAUCUGUAAACACAGCCGCGACCCGUACACGCAUCUUCAGAUCGCAUCCCCAUGAUGCAGAGAUCUGCGGUAGAGCUCCUGAAAGCCGAUGUUGUUUCUACACUCCCAGCAUCCUUUCAGCGACAGUAGGGGUAAAAAAUUACAGAAAAACACAAGGCAAACGUUUCCUCUUAACUUGCGAGGGACCGACAUGGACGAAAGCGAGUGGAUAGUCGCUUGAGCGAGAAUGCUGGAGUCAUUCUGCCCGGGCUGGGAGCAUGAUCACCUAGUACUUUGUGGCGUUAACACGGGGCGAAAGAAAAAGUGUGGAAAAGUUUGAGACAGGGAGCAAACCAAACCAUGGCGCCUGAGAGCGAAGAAGCCGGGAUGGUGAAAGUAAAGGUUAAAACGCAGAAAAAGAAGAAAAACAAGGAGAACAAAACACGGAUCGUCCACGCAAACAUAUUGUACGACAAUGCCAAAGGAGAGGAGAACCCAAACAGACACUUCUCAGACAAUAAGAUAAAAACCACCAAAUACACUCUCCUGUCUUUUCUGCCAAAGAAUCUUUUCGAGCAGUUCCACAGGUUCGCUAAUGUUUACUUUGUCUUCAUCGCUUUGCUGAACUUCGUGCCCGUUGUCAAUGCGUUUCAACCCGAACUUGCCCUGGCUCCCGUGGUCUUCAUUCUAUCCGUGACCGCAAUCAAAGACCUGUGGGAGGACUACAGGAGACACCGAUCCGAUACAGAGAUCAAUCACAUGGACUGUCUGGUGUACAGCAGACCGGAGAAGCGCUACCUGGAGCGGUUCUGGAAGCAGAUCCGGGUCGGGGACUUCAUCAGGCUGCGCUGCAACGAGAUCCUGCCGGCUGACGUUCUCCUGCUCAGCUCCAGCGACCCAGACCGCCUGUGUCACAUUGAGACCGCCACGCUGGACGGGGAGACCAACCUGAAGCAGAGGCAGGUGGUCCGCAGCUUCUUCCACCUGGACUGUGAGUUUGACCCGUCCAAGUACAACGGCGUAAUCGAGUGUGAAAAGCCCAACAACGACCUGAACCGAUUCCGAGGCUACAUCAUCCACGGCAGUGGGAGGAAGUGUGGUCUCUACAAGGAGAACCUGCUUCUGCGCGGCUGCACCAUCCGCAACACAGAGGAGGCUGUGGGCAUCGUCAUCUACGCAGGUCAUGAAACCAAGGCCAUGCUGAACAACAACGGGCCGCGCUACAAGCGCAGCAAGCUGGAGCGCCAGAUGAACGUGGACGUGUUCUGGUGCGUCAUCAUCCUGCUGGUCAUGUGCCUCUUCACGGCCAUCGGUCAUGGCCUGUGGCUGUUUCAGUACGGUGAUAAGAGGCCCGUGUUUGACGUCCUAAGCCCCGAGGGAGCCAACGUAUCCCCCGGCCUGUCGGCGGUUUAUCUCUUCCUCACCAUGAUCAUCGUCUUCCAGGUUCUGAUCCCCAUCUCCCUGUUCGUGUCCAUCGAGAUCGUGAAGAUCUGCCAGGUGUUCUUCAUCCACCAGGACUCAGAGCUGUAUGACGAGGAGACGGACACGCACCUGCAGUGUCGCGCCCUCAACAUCACCGAGGACCUGGGCCAGAUGCAGUACAUCUUCUCCGACAAGACCGGCACGCUCACGGAGAACAAGAUGGUGUUCCGUCGCUGCACCGUGGCCGGCGUGGAGUACUCCCAUGAUGCAAAUGCACGGCGGCUAGCCAUGUACCAGGAGCUGGAGUCUGAGGAGGAAGCGGAGUGCCCGUCGCGCGGCGGCACCCUGCCCAGGCGGGACAGCGUGGGCAGCCACCAGAGCGCCCGCGUGGUCCUGCGCUCCCAGAGCACCAAGUCCCACCGCCGCACGGGCAGCCGCGCCGAGGCUAAGAGGGCCAGCAUCCUGUCCAAGCACACCGCCUUCAGCAGCCCCAUGGAGAAGGACAUCACGCCCGACCCCCAGCUCCUGGACAAGGUGAACGAGGGCGGCAGCCAGCUGAACUUCAUCCACGUCCACCGCCAGCCCAUGUCCCAGCUGCCCUCCGACCUCGCCGACAUCAUCGACUUCUUCGUGGCGCUGACCGUCUGCAACACGGUGGUGGUGUCGUCCCCGGACCAGCCCCGGCAGAAGGUGCGGAUGAGGUUCGAGCUCAAGUCCCCCGUGAAGACCAUCGAGGACUUCAUCAAGCGCUUCACCCCCAGCCGCCUCACCUCGGGCUCCAACAGCAGCUCCACCUCCAGCCUGGUCACCAACCGCUCGUCCACGCGCGGCUGCUCCAGCGCCCUGUCCUCGCCCUCCGCCGAGAGCACCCUCACCAAGCUGGACGAGGAGGGGUCCCGGCUGGGGGGCGCGGGGCUCCUGGCCGACUUCAGCCCCGUCCCGCCCGGCUACGAGGGCCCGACGGCCAAGGGGGGCGCCGGCGGCGUCGGCGUCAGCGGCGGCGCCGAGCUGCGCUACGAGGCGGAGUCCCCCGACGAGGCGGCGCUGGUGUACGCCGCCAGGGCCUACAAGUGCUCCCUGGUGGGCCGGCUGCCGGACCAGGUGACGGUGGAGCUGCCCCACCUGGGCAAGCUGGACUUCGAGCUGCUGCACACGCUGGGGUUCGACUCCACGCGCAAGAGGAUGUCCGUGGUGGUGAGGCACCCGCUCACCGACCAGAUCACCGUCUACACCAAGGGGGCCGACUCGGCCAUCAUGGAGCUCAUCAAGCCCCCGCUCACCGAUAAUUCCAAAGGAAAACGCCAAAGGAAGAUUCUGUGCAAGACUCAGAGCUACCUGAACCUGUACGCGGCUGACGGGCUUCGGACCCUGUGCAUCGCCAAGAAGACUCUGAGUAAGGAGGAGUAUGCCUGCUGGCUGCAGGGGCACCUGGAGGCUGAGACGGCCAUCCACGGCCGCGAGGAGCGGCUCUUCCAGUCGGCCCUGCGGCUGGAGACGGACCUCCAUCUCCUAGGGGCUACAGGCAUCGAGGACCGGCUGCAGGACGGCGUCCCGGAGACCAUCGCCUCGCUGAGGAAGGCGGGGCUCCAGAUAUGGGUGCUGACGGGGGACAAACAGGAGACAGCCGUCAACAUCGCCUACGCCUGCAAGCUGCUCGACCCCGAGGAGGAGAUCCUCACCCUCAACGCAGACUCCCAGGAGGCGUGCGCCGCGCUCCUGGAGGAGAGUCUCCUCUACAUCCAGGCCAAGUUCCUCUGCUCCUCCUCCUCCUCCUCCUCCUCCCCGGACCACCCCUCCAAGCAGCCCGCCUUCCACGGCGACCUCUCGGCGGCCUUCCCCCUCUACCCUCCGUCCUCCUCCACCACCACCACCACCACCACCACCACCACCACCACCUCCUCCUCCAGCUCCGCCCACGCCGGCGCCGGCGCCCCCUUCCUGGUGCACCGGCUGGGGCUGGUGAUCGACGGCCGCACCCUGGCCUACGCCCUGGACAAGAGCCUGGAGGACAAGUUCCUGGAGGUGGCGCGCAGCUGCCGCUCGGUGCUGUGCUGCCGCUCCACGCCGCUGCAGAAGAGCACCGUGGUGAAGCUGGUGCGCAACAAGCUCAAGGUCAUGACCCUGGCCAUAGGUGAUGGAGCUAAUGAUGUCAGCAUGAUCCAGGUGGCGGACGUGGGCGUCGGCAUCUCGGGGCAGGAGGGCAUGCAGGCGGUCAUGGCCAGUGACUUUGCCCUCCCGCGAUUCCAGUACCUCCAGAAACUGCUCCUGGUUCACGGACACUGGUGCUACUCCAGACUGGCCAACAUGAUCCUCUACUUCUUCUACAAGAACGCUAUGUUCGUGGCGCUCAUCUUCUGGUUCCAGUUCUACUGCGGGUUCUCUGGCUCCUCCAUGGUGGACCAGUGGUACCUGGUGUUCUUCAACCUCAUGUUCUCCGCCUUCCCCCAGCUGGUCACCGGGACCCUGGACAAGGACGUGUCCGCCCACACCCUGCAGGCCCUACCUCAGCUCUACAUGAACGGACAGAACUCGGAGGAGUACAAGCCAUACAUGUUCUGGAUGAACAUGAUGGAUGCCUUCUACCAGAGCCUGGUCUGCUUCUUCAUCCCCUACUUCGCCUAUGCUGGCUCUGAUGUGGAUUUGUUUACGUGGGGGACCCCCAUCACCACGCUGGCCCUCAUCACCAUCCUGCUGCACCUGGGCAUCGAGACCAAGACCUGGACGUGGAUGAACUGGGCCUCCAUCGUGUUCAGCGCAUGUCUGUUCUUCGCCGUGGCGUUGAGCUACAACUCGUCGUGUCCCACCUGCUACGCCCCCUCCAACCCCUACUGGACCAUCCAGAGGCUGCUGCUGGAACCCCGCUUCUACCUGCUCUGCCUCGUCACCCCCGUCACUGCACUGCUUCCCAGAUACUUCUACCGGGCUUGCCAGGGCUCCCUGUUCCCCAGCCCCACCAAAGUGGGCAGACAGCUGGACCGAAGCUGGCGCCAGACCCACGGUGGAAACAUCUUCAGCCUGGGCAAUCUCGCCUCGACCUCGGACCCCCUGGGCCUUAAGACGGCCUUCGCCUCCUUCAACAACCCCCUUCCCAGAUACUUCCCGCCCAAAGACCACCCACAGAGCGCCCAGAGCACGCUAACCAUACCAAAGGAUGCGGCGGUCUCGGCUCCGUCUGACCCCCCCCUGAGGACUCCAGAGGACCACGAUCAGUCGACAGCGACGGACGAUACGCAGUCCUGCCUGGACGUCACCAAAGAGCUUCCUGGGGUCACGGAGGGGUCGCGGGUCGUCGACUCCCCGGAACGGUCUGCGCUCCAGCGGUCGGACAUCGGCGUGUCUGGCUGGGUCUCCUCCACCCCUCCUCUCCUCCAGAAGGAGGCGGUGGAGCUGGGCACUGCGCCCCCUGGUGGGCGGUCGCGGUGCGUCGCCUACACCCGGAACUGGGAGCGGAACCAGGGGUCAGACCCGGAGACCCCCCCAGUAGAGUCCCGGACCAGGACCCAGACCAAGCAGUCUAUUGCUGCAGACUAUUCUGAAGAGGACCGGCUUUAAAACCCUGCCCAGGAUGGAUGUAUUUAAUGUUAUUCAACAUUUUGCACGAUAGCUUUUUUUUAAGUUGAUAUAUAUAGAUAUAUAUAUUAUAUUUUUUAAGAGGAUUUUUUUUAUAAAGACGAAAUUAGGUACUUACUUGCUUUUAUAUUUUGAAAUCGUGAUGAUCAUGGUUGAGAUUAAAAGGAACUGGAAUAUCUUCAAUAUAUUUCAAUUCUGGAGGAUUUUUGAGCUAAUUAUGCAUUUCAGUACUUGUGAACAGGCAUUUUAUUUAAGAACAGUCAUACCAUCUCCCUCUGAUACGAUGUUCUAUUCAUUCUGGAAGUUAAGCGCUGGAUUAAAACCAAAUACAAGCGAUACUGAGGCAUUAGAUCUGAUUAUGGAUGUUUAGUUUGUUCUGCGUUUUUUAAUUUCCUUUCCUUUUUGCCGUAUUUCUACGUUUUUUGGUUCUGUCUGGUUUUCAACGCCGGUUUUCAACGCCGGUUUACAACCGAUGGCAGAGAGAAGAGAUUACGUUUGGGAUUGGGUUGGACUCUCUUUGCUAUCGAUCUCAUUUUAGUCUCAUUGCUGUUUCGUGUUUUUUCACACAUCAAGAUCCAUUUAAUACAUUCUCCAUUUUAGAUAUUCUCCAUCCAACGUGCUUUUUCUUUUCCACAAGUAAAGACUUAAGAGCACGAAGAAAUAUUGAUGGAGCACACAGUGGGUGUAAAACAACAAUAAGGAUAAAUGUGUUUUGUUGAAAAUGUAAUAAGCCUGGAAGAUGGAUCGGUUCCCAAUGCUACAGGAUGUUGAGUAAAGUUGCUCCAUUCAAUUACAGCAUCAUAUUAAUAUCAUAUCGUGUGUGUGUGUGUGUGUGUGUGUGCACAUUUACAUUCCAUCUGUUCAGGCUGCUGCCUGCUCCAAAGUACUUUUAUUCAAAUGAAUUGCAAGUACAUAACAAGCUUUUUUCAAAUAUUGAAGACGGGGAUUUCAGAAGUAGCCUGCGUUUUGUGAAAUGAAAGAUUUGUUUCAGAUCAGAGUAUGGUUUGGUUCUUUCGGCGUGUUCAGAUGCAGGAUACUGUUCCUAUUGGCACUUUCCCAAAGCACAACAUGAUUUUAAAUCUAUACAAACACCCGGUCAAGCUGUAUGCUAAAGAUUGUUUGUUUCCAAAGAUCUGCACCUUGAAAGUGUCAUCCUUAUUUGUGAGUUGGAGAGAGAACCAUUUACACAUAAAUAUAUAAAACUGAGUUUCUCAACAGCAACAUGUGCCUUAACACUGGAUAAGAUGAGUGAAACCUUUUGUCGUUCAUUCAAGUUGAGAUGGUUCCAUGGGCCAUCGCUGGCUGAAGAGAUGUUGGUGUUUGUAGAUAUUUAUCUGAUGUGCGUUAGCUCCUGUAUAUCGCGUCUUUGUUGGAGUUCAAUGCCCUGUAUUUUAUUUGUACUCUCUGUACUGUACCAAAGCAUGAUUAGCGUUGAACCAAAGCUAACCCACUGCUACAUUCCAUGAUAAAUUCCAUUCAAGGAACACCCAGAUCUUGAACUGGCCAUGGCCUGGAACACAUUCAAGUUUUUUGUCUUUUGUGUUAUAAUACUUGCAUCAGUGUUAUAUGGCAUUUUAUUAUUGUUAGUUAUUCAUCAUGAUUAAAUCUGUCCUUGAUGUUA